GAGGUGUGCGCGGCGCUGCGCAAGGGCUUCAUCGCUUGCCACCGCGCCAUGUGGAAAAAGCUGCCAGAGUGGCCAAAGACCAUGACAGGUCUCCCGAGCACGUCGGGAACUACUGCCAGCGUGGUGAUUAUCCGCGGGUCGAAGAUGUAUGUUGCUCAUGUUGGCGAUUCAGGAGUGGUGCUCGGAGUCCAGGAUGACCCCAAAGACGACUUUGUGAGAGCUGUGGAGGUGACACAGGACCACAAGCCAGAGCUUCCCAAAGAAAGGGAGAGAAUUGAAGGCCUUGGGGGCAGUGUGAUCAACAAGUCCGGUGUGAAUCGCGUCGUGUGGAAGAGACCCCGUCUGACUCACAACGGCCCUGUGCGCCGCAGCACCGUCAUCGACCAGAUUCCCUUCCUGGCGGUUGCCAGGGCGCUUGGUGAUCUUUGGAGCUAUGACUUCUACAGUGGUGAAUUCGUGGUGUCUCCCGAACCCGACACUAGUGUGCACACAAUCGAUCCCCAGAAGCACAAAUACAUCAUCCUUGGCAGUGAUGGACUGUGGAACAUGAUCCCACCUCAAGAUGCUAUCUCCAUGUGCCAGGAUCACGAGGAGAAAAAGUACUUCAUGGGGGAGCACCGGCAGUCUUGUGCCAAAAUGCUGGUGAACAGAGCCCUGGGGCGGUGGAGGCAGCGCAUGCUUCGUGCAGAUAACACCAGUGCCAUCGUAAUCCGCAUCUCGCCGCUGCAGGGCAGCAGAAGCAACUUGGAAAAUGAGGAAGAAUUGUAUCUCAACUUGGCAGAGAGUCCCUGUUACAGCAGCCCUGACACGAAUGGUCUGACACCCUCCCGCUGCUGUACCCCACCUGUCAAGCUUUUGGAAGAUGAUCCAUGGCCACGAUUGAAUGCUUCUGAGCCUGUUCCUCCCCUCAUGCACAGCAAUGUGAUCUCAGAAAAAUGUUUAGAGCUGCCAAACGAGAUUGCCAAAAGCAGUUUACCUUCAUCAGGAGCAGCCCCGAAGGAUUCAGGCCCGCAGGAGGAGAAGUGCAGCAAAGCGCUGGCUUUGAGGAUACAUGAAUCCUACAGUAAUGGUUUGUCAGUCAGCCUCUCCCCUUCCAACCCCACAAAUUCAGGCACGGACCAAAAAAGCUUCAAGAUGUCUCCGAACGGCCAGACAAAAGCCCAGGAUGCCGAGAGGACACCCACAGCGAACUUCAAAAGGACAUUGGAAGAAUCCAACUCCGGCCCAGCUGUGAAGAAGCCAAGACGUGGCCUCAGUCGAAGCAUGAGUGUCCCAGCAGAAGGCUUGUCCCCACCUCCCCAGCGCAGAACCUCCAGCAAGCUGGCCAUGCGCCGCAGCCUGCGGGGCCAGAAGAAGCUCAGCAGCUCGCUCUUCCACCCGCCCAGGAAGGCCGUCUGCGUGUGCUGAAGGGCCUUUGCGUGAGCAAGUGUGUUUUGGUCUCAUUAGGAUUUCCAAGUUGGUGCAGAAGUGGGAAACUCUUCCUGGUUUAUCUUUUUUUAAAGUAGAAACUUUUUUUGGUAUCAAACAGCUUUAUCCCAGCCUUGUACUUGCUUGUAUUAUAACUGUGAAUUUUGUAGAUGUGUAGGGUAAAAGUCACUGUAAAAUGUGUGUAAAUUUGUAUUCCUUCAUAUAACUGUAGUCUCUUUUCUUCCUUGUAUAAUUGUUACAGCGGGGCUAAACCUUGUUUAAAAAAAAACAAAACACAAAAACCACAACAAAUAAUCCUUUUUGUUAAUUUACUAAAGUCAUGAAUUUGUAUACGCUUCUUGUGAUGGGAAUUUCACAACUUUUUAACUAAAGUAAAUUAUUAAACAGAAUGGAAGAUAUGUAUUUUCGUAGUACUAUACGUUCCACCUACAGUGUGUCGUUUAGAGAAUACACUAGGUCUAUAUUUUGUUUUUAAAUUUUAGAUUUCUCUACUCAAAUGAAAUGUACGUGGAAGCAGAGAUGUUGAGUCUUGCUUUACACAGCUCAAUGUCGAUUUCUUUGUUAAUUAAAAUACUAUGCAGUAUCUUACUUAGUUGUAUUUUUUGUAACAUUAAUCGUCGAAGUAUUUAGCAAAAAAACUUCAACUCCCCCAAACAUCCUACAAAGCCAUUCCCAUCCCCUGUUAAAAAUGAUGGCAUUUUUAUCCAGGCAUAAAUGUAUGUCCUAUGGGGCAUGAGUUUUCUGCUAUUCCAAUACCGAUGGUGCUGCUACUACCUUUCAACAUAAGUUCUUAAAUUAUUUUAUGACUAUUUUCAUGGAGUAUGUGGACCAUGUGUACGUUCACCUAAAUAAAACACAUGAAAAUUUGA